GUAGCGGGACGAGCAUCGGGGGUGGAGUGCAGGGGGUGGUCGCCGGGAUUUGUGGACCAGCGAGCGCGUCCCUCGCGGCGACAGAUUACGUGACGGCGGCAUGCUAUCCCCCGGGACCUCAGCUCACCCUGACCGCCUCUCACCCUCAGCCCCACGUCGUUGAUCCCGCGAUGACGCCCACCUCGGCGCCGGUACCGACUCCGACGACGGCGUCGGGACCCAACAACCCGGUCGCCAUGAGCCAACUGGGAACCGUCUAUGCCACCAAAAGACGACGUCGAAAUGGUAAAAGCUUAAAACCACCGCAAAAGGAUGGGGUAACGAAGUCGAAUCCCAGCAAACGGCAUCGCGAGCGACUGAACGCCGAACUGGACACUCUGGCAUCCUUGCUUCCGUUCGAACAAAAUAUUCUCAGCAAGCUUGACCGACUCAGCAUCCUCAGACUCAGCGUCAGCUAUCUUCGAACGAAGAGCUACUUUCAAGUGGUGAUGCACAAAGACAAGGAAGAAAAUUCGCACCACGAUUCGCAUUACCGGGCGAGGGAAUUGGCGGCGUUCGCUGCCUACGACCAUCAUCAUCUCGAUGGCGAAAUGUUCCUGCAGGCGCUGAACGGGUUCCUGCUCAUACUGACCUGCGACGGCGAAGUGUUCUUCGCCACUCACAGCAUAGAAAGUUACCUUGGCUUCCAUCAGUCCGACAUUGUCCAUCAAAGCGUUUACGAGCUGGUCCACAGUGAAGAUCGAGAGGAACUCCAAAGGCAGCUCAUGUGGAAUUCUUUUCUACCCGCCGAAAGUGCGAGUCUCCCCUUGCACGACGCCCUUUCACCCCAGCACAGUCAUCUUCUCGAGCGCAGCUUCACCGUCCGCUUCCGGUGUCUCCUGGACAACACUUCCGGCUUUUUGCGUUUGGACAUCAGGGGACGAGUGAAGAUACUUCAUGGUCAAAACAGGAAAACGGAAGAGCCGCCGCUGGCUUUGUUUGCUCUGUGCACGCCGUUCGGCCCACCAUCGUUGCUCGAAGUUCCGCAAAAGGACGUGAUGUUUAAAAGCAAGCACAAGCUCGACCUUGCGCUGGUUUCUAUGGACCAACGAGGAAAAAUGUUGUUGGGAUAUUCGGACGCGGAACUCGCGAACCUUGGUGGCUAUGAUCUAGUCCAUUACGAUGAUUUGGCGUAUGUUGCGAGCGCUCAUCAAGAACUAUUGAAAACCGGAGCAUCGGGCAUGAUAGCGUAUAGAUUCCAGAAGAAAGACGGCGGGUGGCAGUGGCUGCAGACUAGUUCCAGGCUAGUCUACAAGAACUCGAAGCCCGACUUUGUCAUCAGCACGCAUCGGCCACUCAUGGAGGAGGAGGGCCGGGAUCUUCUCGGUAAACGAACAAUGGACUUCAAAGUGAGCUAUCUGGACGCCGGCCUAACCAACAGCUACUUCUCGGACAGCGACAGCCUCACAGGUUCCGUGAUGACGCCGACACUUCCCAGUCAACCGACGUCACAGAGAGUGAACAGGCGGUACAAGACCCAGCUGAGAGACUUCCUGUCCACCUGUCGAAACAAACGUACCAAACUGACUGCUCAAUCGUCCGUUUCUCCACCCGCCACACCCACUGUCGCAUCCGUGGAUUACCUCGCGGCUGAUACCAGCGCUGCAGCUGCAGUUGCUGCAGCGUACAGCAACCUGAACACGAUGUACCCGACUGCUUACGCACCUACUGCGGUCGCAGCAAGCACGGAUCCCUCGUUGACCACGUAUAUUGGUCACACUGGCAACUAUCAUCAGACUUUGUACCCAGCUACUGCGUUGGACAAUAGGUACCUUACCGCAGCGACGGAAAACCUAUUCCAAUACAGGCCUCUGGGCUCCUAUUAUCCAGAGUACCAUACCAGCACAGCGUACAACGGUUUCAUCGACGUCUCGCUACCUACUUACGAGACGCAUCAACUAACGAGUAAAGCGGAAGAAAAGCUGUACUGUCAACAACUGGGCGAAUCUCCUAAGUACAGCUACGUAGAAACCAGACAUCCUAGCAGCGUCAGCGGGUCCCCGUAUGCAGCCAGUCCUGUUGCGAGUGCAUCGACGAUGCAUACUGCAACGGCAGACAUUAACAUCGUCCGUGCUGGUAGCAGGCACUCCCUGGAAGGCGGAGCUUCCUCCAGCAAUUCCGCUGGAAGUUCCCCGGUAACCGGACCUACGAACGGCGUGCUCACUCCGAAAAUAGAGGACGUGAAACCGGAAGUUUACGGAAAUGAGGCGCCACGACAAACUGUUCUUAUGUGGGGAGCGCCCCCUGCGCGUACUCCACCGAGAAACAACGGCAGCUACAGUCCACCCACGCCACAUUCCACCCAUUCCUCUACACAUUCCACUAACGCUAACGCUGGAGAUCCGCUCAAGUCUCUGGCGGAAAUGAAUUCCAUGAACGGCGAGUGCAAAUGGCGACAGACGUCGCCAAGCGAGCAACAGACUACCGCGCCCAGUUCACCGAGGACCAAGACGCAGCCACAGCAACAGCAUCAACACCAUCAACAACAACAACAGCCCCAACAGCAACAGCAGCAGCAACAACAACAGCAACAACAGCAUCAGCAGUACCCAGUGACCACGUCUCAGUAUCAAGCAGCAGCGGCAGCCGCGGCUGCAGCUGCGGCCGCAGCAGCCAGCACUAUCGGAUACGCGCACUCGCAUCCAGGCCAUGGCCACGGGGAAGCGGGCUCCGAGGUAUGGCAAGGAGUGCAACACCACCAUCACUACCAGUACUAUCCCUACCACCAUCACCACCCCGCACCACCAAGGCACGCGCCCCACACACCCCCGUCAGCUGUGGGAACGGGGACGGGAAUCGGCAUGGGCAUCGGCCCGGACAGCAACACCAGCAACAGCAACGUCUUGUACCACCCACCGCACCACCACCCUCAGCACCAACACGCGGUGGCAUCAUCAGCGGCGGGAAUGGGCCCAACUGUCCCUCAGAUUCCAAACCGGACGCCGGGAGUCCUCUGUUGUCCAUCUCUGAGGUGACUAACACCCUGCUCAACCAAUAGUCUCUUCGUGACCUCAGCAUCGCUCCGUUUCAGUGAUGAAGGUAUCUCCCAGGAGAUAGUUUCACCGAGGCGAAUCGCAAAACGCGUGACUGUACCAUACAGAUAAUACCGGUUGAAGUUGUUAAGAGUGUUGCCGUAUAAUGCUGUAACAUAACACACUUAUUUACAGUUAAUGCCCGACGUUGCUACGACGUAUGUGCAUGUACGCCUGAUUACGUUCGUUCGACCGUAUUGUUAAGUUUUCGCGAGAGUUCUCCGGGGGUCGUGCAGAGUUUCGAGUCUCCCGCUCGUGGAAUUGUGAAACCACGUGAAAGGGUAUGAUUACGGAGAUCCUCGUUGGCUGUAUUCGGCUGAAAAUCGACGUUUACUACUCGCGAAGCGAGUUUGCACGAUAGGAAAAGAUAGCAAUUUUCUUGCGAGCCGAAAGAUUGUAAUUUAAAGAUACGUUUGUAAUUAACAUAUCGACAAUGUUCGAAUUUGUAAUCAAUUCACUUGGAGUGUGGCUAGCGUGCCCCUUUGAUUCCAAUGGCAACAAUAUUUGUAAGUUUCUCUAUUCCUUGUAAUUAUUAAAAAUAAGCGUGACACGCAGAGGAUCUCUGCCUUCCAUGAAAAUCUUCUCAGGCGAAUAUUUGAAUGGUUCUUGCUAAAGGGACGCGAUAACCACACUUCCACCCUUCAUCCUUCGAACAGGAAAAAGAGCAAUAUAGAAUUCCGUCGAGGAGCACAAAAUUAAUUGCCUCGAUCGAGCUAUGAGAAACGCAACACAUACGGAGUUUAGUUUUAAAUUAGGCCUGCGUAUAUUGUGUGAUCGUUCUGUACGUACUAUCGUUGUUUUAUUCUUUCUUUCUUUGUUGAUCCUUCGCGACAUCGGGUAUCAGAUUUUAUCGGUAUUGGAUCGCGAAGUACUCUCGUAAGGGGCUAAUCGUGUCAUUGCGUUUUUGUGCGUGUAAUCAUUUUUUAAUGGAGUACACACGAUUCUGUGAUAUGUGUUAGGUAACUUAAAGUGCGGUAUUCUUCUAAAAGAUAUUUAAGAUUCGUGCACGCGUAACUGAAAACGAGGAAAAAUUGAAGGGAAUUAGACAAACGUUCAAUGUUUGCCGCACUUAUACGAGGAAUCGAAUUACAAUAGCAUCGCGAAACAUUCCAUCUCAUAUUCCAAAUCCUAUUAUGGAUGGACCAAAGUAUAUAAUACGUAUUAUCGGUGGCAAUAAAUUAGCUACAAACAUCCCCCUCUACAUUUAUACAUUAUCAUUUUAUCAUAUCGUUAGUUUAUUUAAAGCAAAAAAACAACUCGAAGUAAUUCGAUUCCUGGAUCACACUGUUUGCGUUUUCCUAUUAAAGAAUGUCAAGAUGUGGUUGCGUAUUCCAUUGAACGGGCCAAGACCAAAAUUAAGGGAAGAAAAGGGGGAAACUCUCGAUUCGGCUGAACAACCUCAGUCUUGCCAAUGUUUUGUUAAUAAGUUUGUAAUUUUUGUACUUAAUUAAUUUAUACGGCUAUUUAUGUACACGCGCGUAAAUCGACGUCUAGAGAAGCUAGGCGAGCCUUCCAUAAUUUUAGACGUAUACUCUCAUUUCGCGAACGUAAUGUCCAUGCUCGGGAAACGAGAAGACUGCGUGAAAUUAAAGGAAAGGAACGGAGAUGAAAUUAUUGGGGGAAGGGUGCCGGAAGUCUCGAUCGACUUCCCGUGGCAUCGAACUGUCUGCGUUUCGAAGAGGAGACCAGAGUGAAUUUCUCAAUGCUUCGAAUCUCCAGGCCGAAAUAAGAGGUAGAAAAGAGAAAAACGUGAUUUUAUUUUGCGCAUACAUAUCAGAAAGAUAAGGAAGGCGAAGGGAGCGUGUUACAAUCCUUCUCUUUCUAUUGCAAUCUUGAUAUAUAUAUAUAUAUACAAAGAGAUAUAUAUGUAUACAUAAAGAUAUAUAUAUUGUAUUAUUUGCUAGUAGGAACAACGUUUAAAUUUUACGGAUAGCUUAACGAUUUUUACGGCUACCGACGAAAUCCUCUUUUUUCCUUCCGAUCCAUGCAUCCUUUUGAAACUUACAAACUACGAUUAUUCUGUAACUUUACCCUACUUCAUAUCGUUGUAGUGUUAUACAAUAUACGAAACUAUUUUGCUAUGAUUCUUUGUAAACAUCCAAUCCGCUGAUCGGCUUUGCGACAUAAGGCGAAUCUGGCGACGCUCGCAGACUUGUUACUGACGUCGUUCUUGAAACAGUAGAUUAUUUACAAUUUUUAAAAUCCAUUGGCAACGAAGAAAAGAGGAUACGAAUGUACCAAAAUGUCUUUGCGGACAAAUGAUGAAAGAAACAUCGACAAUAAAAAAGCUACUGGACAUAUCAAUUUCUAUAUAUCUUUCUCUCGUGGUUUCAAACGAAAAUCACAAAACGGGUAUAAACAGAAUUUCAUUGGGAAAAGAAUGAAAGACGUCAGUAACGAGUCUCGAGAACCCAUACUGUAAAUUCACAUCUUCGAUCGUAACAGCUUGAAACUACGUUUCUUUGCAAUAUCGUAUGAAGAUCUACUAUUAUAAGUAAUUGAGUCUAGUCCACACAUAAAGCGAAUUAAUUAUAUAUCUACUAUGCUUAAACUGUGACAAUGUCCUCACCAGCGAAGCAACCCCUGCCGACAAUCUUGCUUGGUAAACGAAUUACCUCUCCACUGUACACAUGUAUCUAUACAUAAACCCGCGUUAACAAUCCCGAAAUCAUUCGUCAAUCUUCAAAUCGAGGUAAAAACAUUUCAGAUCCAAUUUUCUCAAUAGUGUCAACCAUCGUAACAAUAUUUUUAUUACAAACUCUAUAGACGAAUAGAAAAGAUUUCUCGUAUUUAUAUAUGUUUCUCUAAAGACUGCAAACAAUUUUGCGGCCAAUGUUUAUUGUAAAAUUUCAAAUAACUAUUAAAUAAUGUUCUUACGAUUUGAGGGUUGACGCCUGGCCGUCCCCUUCUUAUUUGAUCACAGUGGUGAGAAUAUUCUGACAGUUUAAGCAUACAUGUAUAUUUACUGUAUAUUUAAAUUAAGGUAUCUUCUAACGAAUAUAGAUAAGUUUUAGUCGAUAUAGACGAUUCUCCCCAUAGUUAUCCACAUAGAUCAAAAUACGUACCUUAUUUUAUAGUGACCGGUAUCUGCAGACAACAUGCAAUUCAGUCGUGGCCCUAUCGAGUUGGAUGACACAAGUGGAAAAUUUUUUUUAUCAUCGCGCGUUCUCUAUUUUAGAUCGAAUAUAAAGAGCGUUCGAUGGCGAUCAAUAAAACAACAUAUCACCGAGUGCCUAUUUCGAUCGAGAGGACUAUCAGAUCAGUGAGACCAAUCUCUGUUGAUUUCUUACGAUGUAAAAAAUAAAUAAGAGGAUACUAUACUAUUACGGAUAUCGAGAAGAAUUGAAUAAAUGUAAGAUAGAUACGAACUUGAUAGUUGAUCCCCUCUUUUUCAAAAAUCUCUACAUACUAAAAGUAAUAAAUAUUAUUACUCGAUAAAGAGAAAAAUCCUUAUACAACAAGAUAUCGUUACAUAUCAAUUUUUAAGAAAUUCUGAUACUCUGAAAUUUAUCAAGAUAUCUCGAUUAAACGAACGUUGCUCAAUGAAAAAGACAAAAUUUACACUUUGCAGAUACCUGUAUCUCACUAUUUGUAAAAUUAACUCGACUAUCCUUGGGCUUAAGCGGAUGAGAAAAAUGAGAAAAAAGAAAAAGAUAAAAGAUAAACGAGAAGCCCUCGCCCUCGUCCUCUGGCUAAGAAAACGUGUUGCAUCCUGUUCUGCAGAUGUUCUUUUAUAUAUCCGAAUGUAUCAAAGUGAACACGAUAAUCAUGCCAAACCAAACUUUGACUCUCCUCAAUCACUCCAUCUAAUUUAUCUCCGAUAUAUUCUAUAGAACCUAAUUACUUAUUAACACUAAACUACUAAAUGCUAAGCUCUACGAAAUGAAAUUUUAAAACUGUAUCAAAUGUUUAUAUGAAAUAAAUUAUAAUAAUGCAAUAGAACGGACGUUCUAUCUUCUCUCAUCAACACUACAGUGGAAGAAAGACCAAAAGUAAUAAAGAGAACUGAAACUUU